AGUUCCUUGGUUAGUACAACAUGGUGACCCAAUUGAGGCAUUAUUUUUCAUAUGUAUGAUUAGUACAUGACCAAGGUGAUGGAGUAUUGGAGACCGUGGUUUUGGGGGCACGCCGACAAGUACUACGUUGUUAAGUUGAGCCAAUUGAGGUUGAAGUUUGGGCCAACGUUGGAUGCUGCAAAUGACAAGAUAAUAGCAAUUCAGAUUAAGGGAACAGCUACAAAGAAAGGGAAAGUUUCUUCUUCUUCUUCAACUUCCAAAAGCUUUCUUAUUCCUUUUCAUCGUACCCAGAAACUAGGAUCCACUCACACCACCACCUUCCCCCAUAGGUUCACCAAUUCUAAGGCACCAACAAUCGUGUGGGACGCACGUGACCUCUGCGACUUUCAUCUCGUCCUCAAACACGGCACGUGCUACAUGACACUUCAUGUCUUACAUGCGGAGGGUGAUAUAGGAGAAUAUAAAUCUGAAAUGGUGGUGGUUGGAGAAGUUUCCAUGAGCGUUACUAUGGCUGAGUUUAUGGAAGGGGAGGAGAUGAAGAAUGAGUCAAAUUCUUGUCAGGUUCAAAGAACACUUCCAAUCCAAUUGAAGGUGCAUGGUUUGUUCAUGGAAGAAGCUACACUUUCGGUUUCAUUGAGCUUAUUGAAACUGAGAAACUUUCAUGACGACUUGCCAAGAGCAUUUGUAAACAAAGUGACAAGCCUUGAGGACAAAAAUAAUGGGAAAGUUGUUGAUCAAGUUGAGGAACCAAGCCCUUAUGAAUGGGACGAGUUAUCUGUGUAUGACUCAGAUGACUCAUCUGAUAAGUCCACCACUACAACCACAAGCAGCAGCAGCAGCAGCAGCACUAGCACUGCAAUUCACUGUGAAGGGUCAAGUGUUACAAAUGGGUCAGAGAGGUUUGUGGCCUCAGAUUCAGAGACCCUUUUGGACACAAUGCAGAGGAGUUGGUCCAUGUUGCCAUGGAAUAGAAGCUUCAAGGGAUGGAGUUUUAAAAGAACCUCCUCAAGGAAACAAGAGCCUUUGACCUCACAUUCAAGUCAUUCCAUGGGACCAUACUUUGAUCACAAUAAAUGCAGCGCAAGUGGGUGGGAAACUAGGGAACUUAGGAGUAGAGAUGCGCAAGCAAUGCUCAAAACUAAUGUGUUCUUUGCUUCCUUUGACCAAAGGAGCAAACAAGCAUGUGGUGAGAGUGCAUGUACAGCACUAGCAGUGUGCAUAGCUCACUGGCUUCAUUCCAACCAUAACAUGCCAACAAGGUCCCAAUUUGACAGCCUCAUCAAAAGGGGUUCCUCUGAAUGGAGAAGGCUAAGCCACAGUGAUCACUACCUAAAGCUUUUCCCAGAUAAGCAUUUUGAUCUAGAGACAGUCUUGGAAGCCAACAUUAGGCCUCUAGUUGUUACCCCUCAAAACUCCUACACAGGAUUUUUCUCCCCUGAGAAGUUUCAGUGCUUGGAAGGAGCCAUGUCCUUUGAUGACAUUUGGGAUGAGAUAACUAGAAAUGAUGAUGUGGUUGAUCAUGAGCCAAGAAUUUACAUAGUGAGUUGGAAUGACCAUUUCUUUGUUCUGAAGGUGGAAGUUGAUGCUUGUUAUGUGAUUGACACCUUGGGGGAGAGGCUUUUUGAGGGAUGCAGAAAGGCUUUCAUAUUGAAGUUUGAUGGUUCAAGUUUGAUGCAUGCAAAGGGAAGUAAGAAAGAAAGAGGUGAGAUAGUUUGCAAAGGAAAAGAGUGUUGUAAAGAGUUCAUCAAACGCUUUCUUGCUGCCAUACCACUUAGGCAACUAGAAGAGGAAGAGCGAAAUAAAGGGACUGUUUAUAAUCCUUAUUUUCACAGGAAAUUGCAGAUUGACCUCCAUUAUAGUUUGUUAUCAUCCUUGUCUUCAGCUUCUUCUAUUGGUGAACCUUUAUAACCUAAUUACUACAUAUAGCAAUUGUAUAGCUCAAUUGCUAACCUUGUGAGUCUUGAGCAAUUGUUACAAUUAGAAAACCCAAAAACAUGGCUUCUUUGUUCGAAGACUAAAAAGUUUUGGUGAGUUGUGAAUCCUAGAGGCUUAUUAAGGUCAGGGAAGGCCUAAGGUUCAAAGAGCAUUUAUAAAGAUACUUACAAACUAUUCAUCAACAAAUUCAUCACAUCAGCAAUGAAGUUCGAGCUCGCAUUGUUGUGAGAUAAAAGUUUUAUUUUUAUCAACUAGACUAACUUUGAUAGGCAAAAAAACUCAGCUUCUUUACUAACACAGUUCUGGGAGCUUCUUUUUUGUGACAACUCCUAACCAUUUACAAUUAUUUGACUUUACUAGAUUGAGGAUCAAGUAACCCAAAAAUCCAUGAACAUCGCUCAGAGAACAGAACCUGAGGCUGAUUCUUGUAAACGAUGUUGUAAUUAGUAGAGUGGAUUUGAAUGGAAAUGAAAAGAAAUUGGAAUAGUAUACUUACACAAGCUAUUGUCCUAGACUCCUAGUGCAUUCUUUGUUUUAAUUUUCCCAUCCAAUUUUUGUGCACCAUCAUUUGCCGACAAAGAAGGGGGAAACAUGAGUGGAAAUCCUCAUUCUAUCAAAUUUUUGUGUACCAUCAAUUUUUGCUGCAAUUUGGAAUUGCUAUUUAACCCAUUCUAUCUCCUUAAUGAAAUAUCAUUGUACUGAAGUACCCAAGUUCAUUUCUUAUACACCUAUCUUAUUGCAAGGGUACUGGUCAUUCUGCACAUACUCAA